AUGGCUUCAGAAAUGUUUAACUCCGUUGUCGCCGUCGUGCUGCUGGUCGUCCCUGUCGGCUGUGCCAUCAUUCCAGAGGUGAACGACGACCCAUGCGUCGAUCUGAUAUUCUGUACAUUGAAGUGGGAGAAUAAUUACUGUGAAUUUUAUCAUGGUUCAGACUUUGUAAUAACAUAUGACAGAACUACAUGGAACAUUGCACAGAAGCUAAAGAACAGGUCCACCAUCAUUAAAUAUGGUGACUACGAGUGUGCGACCAUCAAAAACCUGCAGGAGAGCGACACCGGGGACUACGCACUGCAUAUCUCCAAAGAAGAUGGGGAACGGCGCUUGAGAAAGACCUUUUCAUUGAGUGAUGGUGUCCUCAAAUGCCUCCUCAAUGUUAGUGAUUUCAAUGUGAACACGUCCAGGAUUGGGGUCGACCUGCCGAUCUACAGGAGAAAAAAUUACACUGAGAUGCCUGAAGCACUGAGACUGACUGCAAGGAAUGGCAAAAUGCCAAAAGAUUUCAGUUUGGGCUUGGUGCUCACAGCACAGGAUCUGGCCAAUGAGGGGUCUAUGGAUGUCACCACACCAACAGCAACGACCCCUCCCCCAGGAAAUGCAAAAAUUUAUACAAAAAUGCAUACAAUAAUCAUCAUUGUGGCGGUGGUGGUGGUCAUUUAUAUUGGCGCCAUUGUCAAAUGUUACUGUACCAGUGAAAACGGAGCUGCAAUUCACAACCAGCCUUAAAGUCAUCUCUCAAGGAAUUAAAGUCCGUUAUCUCAUUGGAUUUAUGAAGCAAUAUAGAAAAAAGCAACAACGUUCAACAGAAUUUCCAGUCUUCCUACACCAGAAAAUGUUGGAGUACCAAACUCCAAAAUUGGUGUCAUUAAUUCAGACUUUUUAAUUUUAACAACUUUUAAGACAACUCUCUGAGGUCCAGUGGUGCCAAGUAGACAUCGGCCAAAUGUACAAUAGGAAGAGGAGAGUUAUUGGUAACCUAUGAAAUUAACUGGACCUUCAAUUUCUGCCUGUGGUACUCUCUGCUCCCCCCUGGACAUAUAGCUAUACCAGAACUGACCUUAGAGGGCGCACUUGUCUUAUUCUGUUACUUACGCAUAUUUAUUAUCGCCAAAGUGCCAAAACCUCCACUGUUGCUGCUGAGAUUUGGCUAGUUAAUCCUUGGGGUACUGGAGUUAAAUGUUUUGUACUUUUUUAUAUAUGAUAUGGUCUGUAUUAUUAGCGAUUUCUUUUUUUUUUUUCUUUUUUUAUAUGACAUGCAAACAAAUCGUGAGUGAAAUAUCUUUAUAGCUGUUAUAUCAUUCUAAUCACACACCCAGAAACAUAGAAAACAUACUGGUGUUAAAUAAUUGAAAGCUACACAUUUGCAAAAAGGAUUACCACUCAAAGCCCUUUCCAUGCUUAUUUUUAUUUUAAGCAUUAAUUAGUAAUAAUAUUUUUUUGUUUUCUGACGUAUAUUCGUAUGUUCUUUUACGACCUCUCAACUCUGCUGCUGUCAAUAGGUCUAAAAUAGGGAUGGAGAAGCAAUAGAAUAAAGCUGUUGGGUGUGAAUAAUCUGCCCUCCGUAGAGGUUGGUAACUGGCACAAUUUGGGGUUUGCCAAUGCCCCUUUUUGGGCUCCAGACUACAAAUUUCUACAUAUGCAAGUUUUCCGAAUCUGCAAUUACAGGGUUUAUCUAGGUUUCAUUGCUUUAAAUAGAUUGUAAUUAUCUGAAGCCCCUGAAAAGGGGGAUUUGUAAACCCUGAAUUGUGUUGGUAUCCACCUAAUACAACCUGAUAUUUUUUUAUUUAUUCUUUUGGUACUAAACACUUUUUUUUUUUUUUUUUUUUUCUCUUUUGCACUUAAAGUUUUAACUCAAGGUUUCUUAGCAGGCAGAGGGACUUGAGAUUCUAGGAGCUGCCUAUUUGGUAUAUUGUCUCUAAGACUUGAAUCUGUUUUACCACAUUGUAUUUCUUACAUUAUUUUUUUUUUAAAUGCCUGCUCUGCCAUCAUCCUAUGGUCAUAAUAUUUUGUAUGAAGAUAUUUAGGCGCGCUCUCUACUGGUUAUUUGUAUGGUACAUACCUGCUGAGACACCCAUAGUUACGUGAGCUCCUGCUUAGAAUUUUUUUAUAGUGGACUUCAGGUUUAUUUAUUAUACCAAAGAUGCGUUUCAUGGCUAAAAUAUAUUGCUUCCUCACUUUUAUAAUGUUAAACAAGAAUCCAUAAAUGAAAACGAUUCUGAAGGCCGAAGGUUCACACAUUUUAUAAUAAAGAGAGACCUAUUAAUAUAUUGAAAAAUAGAUUACCACUGAAUUUGUAUUGAAAUACCAAGGGGCUUGUCCCAGAUAAAGUAUUAAAAAUGUAAAUAUAUAUAAUAUAUAUACAUAUUAAAACACGAAAAACUCUUUGAAUAGAAGCAACGAUGCACUAUCUGGGUCCAUGCACACUGGGCUUGAACAAUUUUUUUUUUUUUUUGGUAGAUAAAUGCGCUCACAUAGUGAUUUUUAUUUAUUUUGUACAGGCAUUUUGCCAGAAAAAACACUCAAAGGGAAAACCAGAUCAUUAUUAUGAAUUUAGCAUUAAUUACAUUUUGCCAUUAAAAGAGCACUUUAGACACACCAAAAAGGGUGCUUCUGUUAACUUACCAAAGUCUUUUAAUAUGUAGAUGUACUGUUUGUGAUAUAAAUGUUUUUUAUAUGCAAAUGUAGAUUUAAUAUUUACCCUUCUUUUAAAGAUGAUGAUGUUUCUACGCUGACAAUCAUGUUGUUUAUCUGCCAUUUAUAAAGCACACAAUCUGAUGUGC